AGUAUGUCUAUCGAUAUUAGGUCCUGAUGUAGUCCUGUUCUGCUGUUAUUUAGAAUAAUUUUGUCAACGAUAAUUUCUAACUUGGCUAAGCUUAAAUAACUUAAGUUAUAAAAUGUUUCGUUAGAACGUGUCUGUGGCAGGGUCAAUGCUGAAGCUUGAGGGUGCCCCUGAAGAGUUUUCUUUUUCCAGCUUAGUUGCUUAGGAAACAAAAGUAAAUCCAUAUUUUUCUGUUAAUCAUGGGAUUACAUUCUGAGAAUGUUGAGGAUGUUGCAACUAGUUCCAAUUUCAAACAAGUUAGGACAACCAAACUCAACCUUGACUUAGAUGUGAACUUUGAAACUAAAAAGAUCACUGGAGUUUUGGAAAUCACUUUCAUGAGUCUCAAGGAUAACCUCAACACUGUGAUCUUGGACAUACACAAUACCCUGAAAGUCAGCAGUGUCAAGUGUGGUGAAACAAAUGCUCAAUUUAGUGUGAAAGAGUUUACAGAUUAUGGAGAGAGUUUGGUUGUUGAGUUACCUAAAGAAGUCAAGAAAGAUGAGAAGUUCAAUCUAGAAAUUGAGUAUCAGGCCGGAGAAGGUUCUUCUAUAUGCUGGCUGGAGCCUGAGCAAACUGCAGAUAAAGUGAAGCCCUACAUGUACACACAAGGUCAGUCAGUUCUGAACAGAUCUUUUUUUCCCUGUCAAGACACGCCUGCAGUCAAAGCAACAUACUCUGCUUUGGUUACUGUUCCAAAAGGCUUCACAGCUGUCAUGAGUGCAAACAAGAAAAGUUUUGGGGAGAAGGCCAAUAGGAAGGGAGACACAAAUUGUUUCUCAUUUGAACAAACAGUUCCAAUUCAGUCAUACUUGAUAGUGUUAGCGGUUGGUCAUAUAAAGUCUGCCAGGAUUGGACUUAGAAGUGAAGUUUGGGCAGAGCCUAGUAUUCUAGAGUCUGCUCGCAAUGAGUUUGAUGGUGUGGUGGAAGACUUUUUAAAGACAGGGGAGCAACUCUUUGGACCAUAUGUGUGGGGAACAUAUGACAUAUUAGUGAUGCCUCCUUCUUUUCCUUACGGUGGAAUGGAGAACCCAUGCCUAACUUUUGUGACACCUUGCAUAAUUGUUGGGGACAAAUCUUUGACUGAUGUCGUCAUACAUGAGAUUACUCACAGCUGGUUUGGCAAUUUAGUUACCAAUGCAAAUUGGAGUGAGUUCUGGCUGAAUGAGGGCUUCACUAUGUUUGGGCAGCGAAGGAUUUCAGAAACACUCUAUGGACGAGCAAGUAUGUGUCUUGAGGCCACAACUGGUCAAAAUCUGCUGCAUCGACACAUUGAGCAUAUUGGGCAAGACCACCCAUUAACUAGACUUCGUGUAAUCAUUGAAAAAGGUGUCGACCCUGAUGACACUUACAAUGAAACUCCCUAUGAGAAAGGAUUCUCCUUUGUUUGCUACCUGCAGAGUCUUGUGAAUGAUGUCGAGAAAUUUGACAAGUUUCUCCGAGCUUACAUUCAGAAGUUUAAAUAUCAAAGUAUUGUAGCAGAAGACUUGUUUGAUUUCUUCUUGGAUUACUUCCCUGAAUUGAAAGAGAAACAUGUUCAUGAAAGGCAAGGCUUUGACUUUGCCAAGACCUGGUUGCAGGGAACAGGACAUUCACCUUAUAAGCCAGAUCUUUCAGCUUCUGCUGAACUGACAGGGCCUGUUGAUCUAGAGAUCAAACGUGUCACAGAGGUUGAUGUACAGGACAAGCCUCAAGAAAUAAGUCUAUGGACUACUUACCAACUUAUGUAUUUCCUUGAUGAUCUAUCUGCUAAGUCUCCGCUGUCUGAUGCUAGUAAACAAAGGCUUGUCUUAGAUUAUCCAAUACUGAAACAAUCACGCAAUGCUGAGAUCCGACAAAGAUGGUGUGAGGUAGUCAUCAAAAAUGAAAUGCUGGAGCAUAAAGAAGAUAUUAGAAGUUUCCUUCACAGCCAAGGUAAGCAGAAGUACACUAAGCCUCUGUAUGAGUUGAUGAUGAAAGCUUCUGAAGAUUUACAAAAAUUCGCCCUUGAAGUAUACCAUGAGACAGAAAGAUUCCUCCAUGUAAAUGUGCGAAGCUAUGUUAGAAAAAUUUUAGGUCUUGACAAUUAAAAAAGAUUUUGAAUGGCGCAGUAAACCCUUUAGGUUUAAAGCUUGUUGUAACUCAAUAUUUACCCUAUUUUUCAGACUUCAAUAAAGCCUCAGAAUGUAUUGUUAUUGAAAUACAAGUUUGUUUUUAAUUGAAUUGAAAACUAUAUUUUUUUAAAUACUUGUAUUAUUUUGUUUCAAAAUAAGUAUUCCUUACUUAGAUUUUGAAUGUUUUUUGUCUAAAGCUGUGAUAUUAUUGAUGUAACAUAAGCCUUAACUUUUUGUCUUAUUAUUUAUCACACACAUGACUAUAAAAAACUUUUCUAUCAUGUUAAUUUACUGGAAUGGAGUCCACUAUUACCAUCAUAUUAAUGAGCUAGAAUAGAAUCCACUAUUACCAUCAUGUUAAUUAGCUAGAAUGGAAUCCACUAUUAUCAUCAUAUUAAUUAGCUAGAAUGGAAUCCGCUAUUGAAUAUGAUUUUUGGUAAAUAAAUACAAGCACCAUGAAAUUGACUUAGUCAUUGAUUUUCCUGAUAAUGUUAGUCCAAGCAGUCAUAGAAGAUUUUGUUAUUACAUUGUGAAUAUAAAAGAUGAUUUUUUUUUAACUUUAAGAUUUUUAAAAAUAAAAUAAUGAAAUGUAUUGUUUUGUUUAUCUUAUCUACAUGCUUUUAAAUAUAUUUAUAAAUAUAUUUUUUUCCAUUUUUGACUAGUUAAUGUCACAUAUUUAUUUCUUGUAAUGUGAACUUUGGAACCAGGAGUGUCAAGGAUGAAUUUCUAUUUGUUUGGUUGUGUGAUAUGCGCUCUAGACUGUUUGUCUCAAUGGUCCCUGAAUCGAAUCUUGCCCAUUGCCAUCCCCUGCUGUCCCACAGAAGAUUUGGGCUAGGAUGUCAUAAUCUUCACUUCUGAAGGAACAUCUAAAUUAUGUAAAACAAACUAACAUCCAUUCUAGCAGAUACCUAACUGGUCAGCGAAAGUUAAACCAUUAGAUUUAUGCUAUAACUACAUUAUAACCUUGUUAAUUACAAUGUGGGAAUAGUAGAUCACUUAUAUAAAGGGCUAGCAUGUCUUUAAAGAAUAAUUUACAUUGUUGACUUGUUAUGUAUUGUAAACUUCAUGUGGAAAUUGUUUAAGUAUUUUGGUCUAUUUUUUCUUUCUUAAAAAAAUAAAAAAUGAGUAUGUACAUAA